AUGGGCACAAUGGCAAUCGCUGCGGGAGUUCUUGUCCAACAUCUAAGCACGCCGCUACAAGAAUGGGAGGCCCGCAUUAUCUAUUGGGGGGUAUGGGUGUCAUGGCCGAUGAUCUUCACACAGAUCGCGGCAGCCUACUGGGGUGCCAACAAGAUGCUUCCUAUUGUUAGUUCCAAUUCACCUCCCUGGCCCAGCUGAGUGAACACGCUGACAAUUUGCCAAAGGCUGGGGAAGCGGCCCCUGGAGCGUCCCCGUGGAAGGAAAACGUCGUUGCAGCCGCUCACAUUGCAGCGGUACUCGGUAACAUCCCCGCAUGGGCGAUAAUUUGCUGGAGGCUCUAG